UUUUUCGCCAUUUCUGGUUCUGUGAUUUAUUCCGUCUCUGCAGCUCUAUUUGUCUGCAACAGUCCUUUUCAGCGACUAUCGACGCAGAUCAUCUGAGCUUCGAGCGCAGCACUCCAGCGUAUCUCUCAUCGAUCGCGGGGUCGCUGCCUCGAAACAAAAUGGCGACCGAGGCCGCGUCUUCCUCGGAGGAAGGCCCGAGCGCCAUGGCCGUUGGUCCCCCCACCGACGUGGAGCAGGUCCGCGCCUACAUGCUCAGGAUCCUCCCCGUCAUGCUCGAGGAAGACGUUCUUCCCGACAUGUCGACGAUGGAAUCGGCCGUCAAGGCCGCGGACGCUCGGCUCAAGAAGUUUGCGGAGGAUCCGCAGGAGCGGGCGCUGCUGGUGCUUCGGACUCUACCGCCCGAGACAGAAGAGGAGGAAGGUGAGGGGGCCUCGACAGGUGGGGCCACCAGUUUCCGCCCAGCGUACGAAGUCCAGCUUGGGUUGAACUACAAACCGACUCGAUGCAUCGGCGUGGCGUUCAUCAAGAGGGGAGCGAUUCUCGAGGCCGACAAAUCAGUCCGCUUGCAACUGAGAGUAAUGAACUUUAGCGAGGACUCUCCUUUUGUGACGUUUCACUCUUAUGUGAGGGACGUAGUGACCCCUUAUUUCAACUCCUACGUCCAGUCAACCAAGAAGGCCACUGAGGGAGACAAGUUGGUGCCGUCGGUACAGAAGAAGAUGAACGAACUGGAAGUUGGUCUGCUCCACCUCCAGCAGAACAUAGACAUUCCAGAGAUCUCGCUCACCAUCCAUUCCACUAUCUCCGCCUCUGUCAAGAAGGCCGCAGAGGCCGGGAAGAAGUCAACCGUGGAAGAGUUGGGCCCCCUCCUUUCAGACUCGUCAUUCCUGAACGCUCUCCAGAAGGACGUUAGUCGGUGGAUCAGAGAGAUUCAGAAGGUGACUCGACUGGAGCGAGAUGCCUCGAGUGGCACGGCGCUCCAGGAGACCAGUUUCUGGAUGAACCUUGAGCACGCACUGAGCAAGAUCCACUCUCGUCGACACAGCCCCGAGGUCCAGCUCACUCUCGACGUGCUCAAGGCCGGGAAGAGGUUCCACGCAACCGUCAGCUUUGAUGCAGACACAGGUCUGAAAGAGGCGCAAGACAAGGUGAACGAUUACAGCCCACUAAUGAAGGAUUUCCCUGUCAACGAGCUACUGGCGGCGGGAACACUGGAGACCAUCAAACUAGCCGUGGCAGCCGUGUACUCCCACCUCCGUAAGAUAAGGACCACCUCCUACCCUGCCCAGAGAGCCAUCUACCUGGUGGAGGCCAUUUCCAGAGAUCUCAAUACACAGCUUCUGAAGGUCUUGGGAAUGUACAAGCUGAUGCUGGUGACAUACGAAGAGUUUGAGCAGGUGAUGGGUCAGUGUUUUGGGGUGUUCAACACCUGGGACGAAGAGUACGACAAAUUCACUAGUCAGCUGCGGGAAAUGAGCAAAAAGAAGAGGGAAGAGACACUCAAGUUCUCCUGGAGAGCCAACUCUGCCCACAAGAGGCUCCAGGAGCGCGUCACCAAGAUGAUAGAUUUCCGGAAGCAGCACGAGCAGCUGCAAGCGGUGAUUGUCAGAGUGUUGAGGUCUCGACAACAGAAAGGCCAGCCAGCCCAAAGUGGCGAAGGUGCCCUGGAGACAGACGAUCAGUCAGCCGUGAAGGGAAGUCAAGUUGGCGUACGAAAACGUCAAGGUCGUAGACUGUCUCGACCUGACUCCCGAGGGGAGUGCCGCGUGGGAGGCAGCCCUGAAGAGAUACGACGAGAGAAUCGACAGAGUUGAGACCAGGAUCGCUGCACGGCUGCGAGACCAGCUCGGGACGGCCAAGAACGCCAACGAAAUGUUCCGGAUCUUCUCGCGGUACAACGCCCUCUUUGUGAGGGCUCACAUCCGCGGGGCCAUCCGAGAGUACCAGGCGCAACUUAUUCAACGAGUCAAAGACGAUAUUGAGAAACUCCACCAGAAGUUCAAGAUGCAGUACAACAAGACGAUGACCCACCAGAUGUGUGUCCAGUGCGACUAUCCUCCAGUCUCCAGUGCAAUCAUAUGGGCCAGACAGAUUGAUCGUCAGUUACAGACGUACCUCCAGAGGGUCGAGGCAGUUCUGGGGAAAGGUUGGGAGAACCACGUCGAGGGCCAGAAACUGAAACAAGAUGGCGACUCUUUCAGACAGAAGCUGAACACGCAGCAGCUGUUUGACGACUGGAAGAAGAAGGUCGAGGCGAGGCAGCUGGUCGUGCAAGGACGCAUCUUCAACAUCGUCAGUCAGCGCACGAGGACCGGGACGAUUCUUAAACUGCAAGUCAACUUCACCCCCGAGACUAUCACCCUUGCGAAGGAGGUCUGUUUCUUUCUGCCUUCUUUUCCCCUUCUAGAGCAGUCGAAAAAGUCUCCCGGAAAUUCUUUGUCUACUGUACCCCAUCUCUCUUUCUUCUCCCCUUUCUCUUUCUCUUUCUCUCUUCUCUCCCCCCUUCUCCGCUACACUCUUCUUGUCGCUCCGUUGUCCUCACUUUCUCUCUCUCUCGUGUGGUGUUUUAGGUUCGAAACUUCAAGUGGCUCAAUUUCAGAGUUCCAUUCUCCAUUGUAAACCAAGCCAACCAGGCCAACCAGCUCUAUCCUCAUGCAGUCUCUCUCAUGGAGUCCAUCCGGACGUAUGAACUCAUGUGCACCAAGAUCUCUGACAAGAAGGGGGUCAUCUGCUCUUGUGGCCCACCUCAAAAUUGACGUCCAGGAGCUUGCCCGAGAGGGUUGCCAACUCCUGUGGGAGUCCUACAAACUCGAGGGAUUUGUACAGAAGUUCUCCGAGUGCAUCUUCAGCUUCCAGGAGAGGGUUGACGAGGUUCUCCUGUGCAGUCACCAGAUAGAUGAGUUGGUGGGCUCUCUGGAGACAUGCGAGUACAGACAGCCCAAGUUCAGGGAGGUUCUUGACAAGCUGCAGAAGAUGAUUGACGACCUCAAUCUGAGGUCUUACUCAAACCUGAGCCAGUGGGUGGCUGAGCUGGACAGACAGGUGGAGGCCAGGUUGAUGCGGCGACUGGCCAUAGCCAUCAGGUCCUGGCAGGACUGUCUGAGAGGGGUCACUGGGGACUCUGCAGUGGACACCAUGGACACCACCACCUCCACUCCACAGCUGCCACACAAACUGGGCGGGACACCUGCACUCCAGGCCAUUCAACACGAGCUCCACAUCACCAACCAGAUCAUGCACCUCCAGCCACCGGUCGAGAUGGCUCGCUGUGACCUCAUCGCACAGCUCCACAACUGGAUCAGCAUCGUCACCGCCCUCCCCAGGAUACAGAGCUCCUAGAUACCAGGUUGGUCUGGUGGAGCUGAGUCCCACGGAGGCAACCUACCGCUCUCUGCUGGGGAAACUGAUGGAACACGACUCGGAGCCGCUGGUGGAGGCAUAUGGCGCCAUCGAAGAGCUUCUGGGCAGUGUCCAGUCAUACGUCAAGGUGUGGCUGCAGUACCAGAGUCUGUGGGACAUGGAGCCAGCCAACAUCUAUAGCAGGCUGGAGUCCGACCUCACCAAGUGGCAGAAACUUCUCAUGGACAUCAAGAAAUCUCGGAAGACGGUGGACACCACGGAGACGAUGAAGCAGUUUGGACCCGUGGAGAUCCACUACGGUAAAGUCCAGCAGAAGGUGAACCUCAAGUACGACUCCUGGCAUCGUGAGAUCCUCUCUCGAUUCGGCUCCAUGCUCGGAGACAACAUGCUGGACUUCCACUCCACUGUGGCCAAGUAUCGCUCAGACCUGGAAAGCCACGUCGUGGACGCUGCCACCACCUCGGAGGCCGUCGGGUUCAUCACGCUCAUGCAGGAGCUCAAGAGGAAGAUGCGCUCGUGGGAGCAACAGGUCGAGGUGUUCAGAGCGGGCGAGAAGAUCCUGGACCGCCAGCGGUUCCAGUUCCCGAGCAGCUGGGUGUAUGUCGACAACGUGGAGGGGGAGUGGGGCGCCUUCAACGAGAUCGUGAAGAGGAAGGAGUCCUCUGUACAGACGCAGAUCGGGACGCUCCAGAUGCAGAUCGUCGCCGAGGACCGCUCCGUGGAGCAGAAGACGGCCGAGUUGCUACAGCUCUGGGAGAAGGAGAAACCUGUGCAGGGAGAGCUUCGUCCUGACGACGCAGCCAACCUCCUCACCAUCUUCGAGGGCAAGUUCACGCGAAUCAAGGAGGACAGGGACAAUGUCAUCAAGGCCAAAGAGGCUUUGGAACUGGCUGAGCCUGGUCUUGUGUCGGGUAGUGACGAACGCGUGGUGGUGGCACUGGAGGAGCUGACCGACCUGAAGGGGGUGUGGUCGGAGCUGAGCAAGGUCUGGGAGAAGAUAGAAGAGAUGCGUGAGAAGCCGUGGCUCUCGGUGGCUCCCAGGAAGAUCAGGCAGGGUCUCGACGUCCUCGUACAGCAGCUGAGGGGCUUCCCAGCCAGACUGAAGAGCUACGCCUCGUUUGAAUACGUCCAAGCCACUCUCAAGGGAUACAUGAAGGUGAAUGUGCUGGUGACAGAGCUGAAGUCGGAGGCUCUCAAAGAGAGACACUGGAAACAACUCAUGAAGAAACUGCGGGUCUCGUGGCAGCUUCAUGACCUCACUCUCGGACAGGUAUGGGGAGUGGACCUACAGAAGAAUGAGAUGAUAGUGAAGGACGUCAUUCUAGUAGCUCAGGGAGAAAUGGCACUGGAAGAGUUCCUCAAACAGGUCCGGGAGGCGUGGCAGACGUACGAACUGGAGAUGAUCAACUACCAGAACAAGUGCCGGAUCAUCCGCGGAUGGGACGACCUGUUUACCAAAUGCAAGGAGCACCUGAACUCUGUGGCUGCCAUGAAACUCUCCCCCUACUACAAGGUGUUUGAAGACGACGCGCUCCAGUGGGAGGAGAGACUCAACAGAAUCAACACCCUUUUUGACGUCUGGAUAGACGUCCAGCGUCGCUGGGUCUACCUGGAGGGAAUCUUCACGGGGAGCGCCGACAUCAAGCACCUCCUCCCCAACGAGACGCAGCGAUUCCAGAGCAUCAGCUCGGAGUUCAUGGCGCUCAUGAAGAAGGUGGCCAAGUCCCCGCUGGUGAUGGACGUGCUCAACAUCCCCGGGGUCCAGAAGAGUCUGGAGAGGCUGGCAGACCUACUGGGGAAGAUCCAGAAGGCUCUCGGAGAGUAUCUGGAGAGAGAGAGGGCCUCCUUCCCUCGAUUCUACUUUGUCGGAGACGAGGAUCUUCUCGAGAUCAUUGGCAACAGCAAGAACGUCCCUCGACUCCAGAAACAUUUCAAGAAGAUGUUUGCUGGCGUCCACUCUGUCAUUCUCAGCGACGACCAGACUAAAGUGCUCGGCAUCUCGGCCAAAGAGGGAGAGCAGGUGAUGUUCAAGACGUCGGUGUCCAUUGUAGACAACCCUAAGAUCAACCAGUGGCUGUCCAUGGUCGAGAAAGAGAUGAGACUCAAUCUGGCCAUGCUCCUAGCUCAAGCAGUCGACGGGAUCAGCAAGUUCAGCAAGGGGACCAUCAACACGGAGCAGUACCUCCAGUGGGUGGAUAGCUAUCAGGCACAGCUUGUGGUGCUGGCCAGCCAGGUCACCUGGUCCACCAACGUGGAGUCUGCUCUCCAGACGCUGCAGGCACAGGCGUCCCCCGGGGAGAUGGCACCGAUGAACGAGGUUCUCGGGGUGAUUGAAGGGACGCUGAACGUGUUGGCCGACUGUGUGCUGCAUGAGCAGCCGCCGGUCAGGAGGAAGAAACUGGAACAUCUGAUCACGGAGCUGGUCCACCAGAGAGACACCACGCGGAUGCUCAUAACCGACAAGGUCGCCCACACCCGCCGCUUCGAGUGGCUCUCGCAGAUGAGGUUCUACUUUGACCCCAAGAAAACGGACGUCCUCCAGCAACUGUCCAUCCACAUGGCCAACGCCCAAUUCAACUACGGUUUCGAGUACCUCGGAGUGCAGGACAAGCUGGUUCAGACUCCGCUCACCGACCGGUGCUACCUGACCAUGACUCAGGCUCUCUGAGGAGAGGCUGGGAGGAUCUCCUUUUGGACCGGCAGGUACGGGGAAGACCGAGUCAGUCAAAGCUCUCGGCCACCAGUUGGGGAGAUUCGUUCUUGUCUUUAACUGCGACGAAAAGUUUGACUUCCAGGCGAUGGGCAGGAUAUUUGUCGGCCUCUGUCAGGUGGGAGCGUGGGGUUGUUUUGACGAGUUCAAUCGUCUGGAGGAGAGGAUGCUGUCAGCAGUCAGUCAACAGAUUCAGACCAUUCAGGAGGCCCUCAAGGACCAGGGCCAAACUACCAACACGGCAGCAAAGACCAUAGCGGUGGAGAUUGUGGGUAAACAGGUGAAGGUAAAUCCCGACAUGGCCAUCUUCAUCACCAUGAACCCUGGCUACGCCGGCCGCUCUAACCUUCCCGACAACCUGAAACAGCUCUUCAGGAGCCUUGCAAUGACCAAGCCGGACCGUCAGCUCAUAGCCCAGGUGAUGCUCUACUCCCAGGGAUUCAGAACUGCCGAGGUCCUCGCCUCCAAGAUCGUCCCCUUCUUCAAGCUGUGUGACGAGCAGUUGUCGAGUCAGAGUCACUACGAUUUUGGUCUGAGGGCUCUGAAGAGUGUUCUGGUGAGUGCUGGAAACAUCAAGAGGGAGACACUCAAGGCCAUCAAGAGACAGAAGGAGAGCGGAGAUGUCGCCGAGGAGAUCAACGAACAGGAGAUUCUGAUCCAGAGUGUGUGUGAAACCGUGGUACCGAAACUGGUGGCAGAAGACAUCCCUCUCCUGCACAGUCUCCUCACCGACGUCUUCCCCGGAGUCAAGUACAGGUCGGCCGACGUCGGGCAGCUCAAGGCCGAGAUCGCCAAAGUCUGUGCAGAGAUGCACCUCGUCUGUGGUGACAACGACAGCAGCGCUGCUCAGUGGCUUGAGAAGGUUCUUCAGCUGUACCAGAUCACCCAGCUGCACCACGGGCUGAUGAUGGUUGGACCCAGCGGCAGCGGCAAGUCCUCUGCCUGGCGCGUCCUCCUCAAGGCCCUGGAGAGAAUCGAGGGCGUGGAGGGAGUCGCUCACAUCAUUGACCCCAAGGCCUUAUCAAAGGAACAUUUGUACGGAGUGAUGGAUCCCAACACCAGAGAAUGGACCGACGGACUAUUCACCAGCAUUCUGAGGAGGAUCAUAGACAAUGUGCGUGGGGAGCUGAGCAAACGGCAGUGGAUCAUCUUCGACGGAGACGUGGACCCCGAUCUCUGUCUGCUCUUGAGAUAUGCAGGGGUCCGUAUCAUGUUCGAGGUUCAAGACCUCAAGUUUGCCACACUGGCCACAGUCAGUCGGUGCGGAAUGGUCUGGUUCAGUGAAGACGUGCUCCAGUUGGAGAUGGUCUUCGAGCACUACCUCAUCCGCAUGAGGAGCAUCCCCAUCGACGAGGCAGAGGACGUGGGGAUGGGGCCGGGCGGGGCGGGCGUCGUCUCUCCAACCUUGCAAGUCCAGCGAGACUGUGCAGACCUACUGAGCCCCUAUUUCACGGCCGAUGGUCUGGUGGCGCGUUGCCUCCAGUACGCCCAGGGGCAGGACCACAUCAUGGACUUCACUCGCCUGCGAGCUCUCAGCUCCCUCUUCUCCAUGCUCAACCAGAUGGUCCGGAACAUCCUCAGCUACAACCAGUUUCACCCUGACUUCCCCCUACAGUAUGACCAGCUGGAACAGUAUGUACCCCGUUACCUGGUCUACUGUUUGGUGUGGGCGUUCUCCGGGGACUCCAAGAUGAAGUGUCGCUACGACCUGGGGGACUUCAUCCGCAGUGUGACCACCAUCCCUCUCCCCUCUCCCUCCUCCCCCGUCCUCGACUAUGAGGUGACCAUCCAGGGGGAGUGGUCUCUCUGGACUGGCAAGGUCCCCAAGAUCGAGGUGGAGACGCACAACGUCGGGUCACCUGAUGUGGUCGUCCCGACGCUGGACACCGUGCGUCACGAGUCACUCCUCUACACCUGGCUCCAGGAACACAAGCCGAUGGUCCUUUGUGGUCCCCCUGGCUCCGGGAAGACCAUGACUCUCUUCUCUGCUCUCAGAGCGCUGCCUGAUUAUGAGGUUGUGGGGCUCAACUUCUCUAGUGCCACGACCCCAGAGCUGCUCCUGAAGACGUUCGACCAUUACUGCGAGUACCGUCGGACGCCAAACGGGGUGGUCAUGUCUCCCAUCCAACUGGGAAAGUGGGUCGUCCUGUUUUGCGAUGAGAUCAACCUCCCCGACUAUGACAAAUACGGAACGCAGCGAGUGAUCUCUUUUCUGAGACAGAUAGUUGAGCACGGGGGGUUCUACCGCAACUCUGACCAGACGUGGAUCACUCUGCAGAGGAUCCAGUUCGUGGGGGCCUGCAAUCCUCCCACUGACCCAGGCAGGAAGCCCCUAUCUCACAGGUUCCUGCGCCACGUCCCGGUCAUCUACGUGGACUAUCCUGGGUCCCUGUCUCUGAAACAGAUCUAUGGCACCUUCAACAGAGCCAUGCUGAGACUGGUGCCUAAUCUGAGGGCUUACUCUGAGCCUCUCACCGAGGCCAUGGUGGACUUCUACACCAUGUCGCAGGUACUGAAUGUGGCAGUACAUAUGGGGCUAAAUUUAGGACAUUAUAAACGAAACUGCAUUCUUGCACUGGGCCCUAUUGUUUCUUUCUAUCUUUAGUAACAUUUCUAAAUAUAGCCCGCCUUCUCCUACAAUUGCUAUUCCACCCGUCGUUAUAUAGCAGACAGUGUCACAUUUUCUUUCCCUAUCACUAAGUACGGUAGUACUUAGUGAUAGGGAUGACACAGGUUGUCCUGCAUUAUGCCCAUACAUUUGAGAUUUUCAUGUUUCAUUUUCAUAUUUGUAUAGGAGCGGUUUACCCAGGAGAUGCAGCCUCACUACAUAUACUCUCCUCGUGAGAUGACUCGCUGGGUGAAGGGAAUCUACGAGGCUCUAAAACCGCUCGAGACGCUGUCCAUCGAGGGUCUCGUGCGGGUUUGGGCACACGAGGCCCUGCGGCUGUUCCAGGACAGGCUCAUCUACGACGAGGAGAGGAUGUGGACCGACGAGAAUAUCGACAUGGUGGCCAUGAAACACUUCCCCAACAUCGACAAACAGGCCACCCUAGCGAGGCCCAUCCUGUACAGUAACUGGCUCACCAAGGACUACCUGCCAGUCAACCAGGAAGAACUGAGAGACUACGUCCAGGCCAGACUCAAGGUCUUCUACGAGGAAGAACUGGACGUUCCUCUCGUCCUCUUCGACGAGGUCUUGGACCACGUGCUCAGGAUUGACCGGAUAUUCAAACAGUCUCAGGGUCAUCUGUUGCUCAUAGGUGUCAGUGGUGCCGGGAAGACCACUCUCUCCAGAUUCGUGGCUUGGAUCAAUGGGCUCUCUGUCUUCCAAGUCAAGGUCCACAGGAAGUACACGGCCGUGGACUUUGACGACGACCUCCGGAACGUUCUCCGUCGCUCCGGCUGCAAGGGGGAGAAGAUUGUGUUUGUCAUGGACGAGUCAAACGUCCUCGACUCUUCCUUCUUGGAGAGAAUGAACACCCUCCUGGCCAAUGGAGAGGUGCCGGGGCUGUUUGAAGGUGAUGAGUACACCACUCUGAUGACACAGUGUAAGGAGGGGUCUCAGAGGGAGGGCCUCAUGUUGGACUCAGCAGAGGAACUGUACAAGUGGUUCACACAGCAGGUAAUGAGGAACCUUCACGUGGUGUUCACGAUGAACCCUUCUUCUGAGGGACUAAAGGACAGAGCCGCCACCUCACCUGCUCUCUUCAACAGGUGUGUGUUGAACUGGUUUGGAGACUGGUCCACUGGAGCCCUCUACCAAGUCGGCUACGAGUUCACCAACAGAGUCGACCUCGACAGAUCUGAUUACAUGGCCCCAGACAUGGUGCCCCUGGCGUACCCCGACCUCCCGAGACCUCCCUCACACCGACAGGCGUGUGUCAACGCCUUUGUCUACGUCCACCAGACGCUGCACCAGGCCAACGCCCGUCUGGCCAAGAGGGGCGGAGCCACCAUGACCCUCACUCCUCGCCACUACCUCGACUUCAUCAGCCACUAUGUGAAGUUGUACAAUGAGAAGCGUAGUGACCUAGAAGAGCAGCAACUCCACCUGAACGUUGGCCUCCAGAAGAUCAGGGAGACGGUGGACCAGGUGGAGGAGCUCCAGGCCUCUCUCUCGAUCAAGAAGAACGAACUCGAGCAGAAGAACGCGCUGGCCAACCAGAAACUGAAGCAGAUGGUGAAGGACCAGCAGGAGGCAGAGAAGAAGAAAGUCGUGUCGCAAGAGAUCCAGGAGAUGUUGGGCGUACAGAACAAGGACAUUGCCAAGAAAAAGAAGACCGUUCUCGGUGACCUGUCGAAGGUGGAGCCUGCCGUCAAACAGGCCCAGCAAGCUGUGAAGUCGAUAAAGAGGCAGCAUCUGGUAGAGAUGAGGACUCUGGCCAACCCUCCCAAGAUGAUCAAGAUGGCCAUGGAGUCCAUCUGUCUCCUCAUCGGGGAGCCCGCCAGCGACUGGAAGGCCAUUCGCAGCGUCCUCCUACGAGACAAUUUCAUCACCACCAUCAUCAACUUCUCAACCGACAGCAUCUCGGACACAGUGAGGGACAAGAUGCAGAGGGACUACAUCAGUGACCCGAUGUACACCUUCGAGAGCGCCAACCACGCCAGCAAGGCCUGUGGGCCUCUGGUACUGUGGGCUAUUGCUCAGGUAAACAACCAUCCUAUCAACUGGGCCUGUGGGCCUCUGGUACUGUGGGCUAUUGCUCAGGUAAACAACCAUCCUAUCAACUGGUACUGUAAACAACCAUCCUAUCAACUGGGCCUGUGGGCCUCUGGUACUGUGGGCUAUAUUGCUCAGGUAAACAACCAUCCUAUCAACUGGGCCUGUGGGCUCUGGUACAGUGGGGCUAUUGCUCAGUUGAGCUAUGCAGACAUGCUGCUGAGGGUGGACCCUCUGCGUAGAGAACUGAGUGCCCUGGAGACGAAGGCCCACAACACCAAGGUGAAGGGAGAGGAGAUGACAAAGAUCGUCCAGGAGCUUGAGCAGAGCAUCACUCGCUACAAGGAGGAGUAUGCUAUGCUCAUCAGUGAAGCCAACGCCAUCAAGGCUGACUUGGCCACUGUGGAAGCAAAGGUUGAGAGAAGCAAGGCCCUGCUGGCCAGCCUGGCAGACGAGAAGGAACGCUGGGAGGCCGGCAGCGAAACGUUCAAGAGUCAGAUGUCCACCAUUUCCGGGGACGUUCUCCUGACCUCCGCCUUCAUGGCCUAUGGAGGUUACUUUGACCAGCAGUUCCGGUCCAGUCUGUUCACGUCCUGGGCCUCUCAUCUCCAGCAGGCCCACAUCAACUUCAGACCUGACCUCGCCCGAGUAGAGUAUCUCUCGAACGCAGACGACCGCCUCAAAUGGCAGGCGAAUGCUCUCCCCACGGACGACCUGUGUACCGAGAACGCCAUCAUGAUAAAGAGGUUCAACAGAUACCCUCUCAUCGUAGACCCAUCCGGACAGGCCACGGAGUUCAUCAUGAAUGAGUACAGGGACAGGAAGAUCACUAGAACCAGGUGCGCCACUGGUAGUUACCGUUUUGGCACGAAACAGCCAGACUUUGUGUGCGCCCAGCGCUCAGUUCAACCUUUUUCUGGACGAUGCCUUCCGGAAGAAUCUCGAGAGUGCUCUGCGAUUUGGGAUCCUCUUCUUGUGCAGGAUGUCGAGAGCUACGACCCAAUCCUGAACCCAGUGUUGAACAGAGAAGUCCGUCGUACUGGUGGGCGUGUCCUCAUCACCCUUGGCGACCAGGACAUUGAUCUCUCCCCUUCUUUCACCAUCUUCCUCUCCACUAGAGACCCUUCUCGAGCGGCCAUCUUGUCUUCUCCUGUCCAGGUGGAGUUCCCUCCUGACCUGUGCUCUCGAGUGACGUUUGUCAACUUCACUGUCACUCGUGGCAGUCUACAGAGCCAGUGUCUCAACCAGGUCCUCAAGGCCGAGCGACCGGACGUGGACGCCAAGAGAUCAGACCUCCUCAGCUACAAGGUCUGUUAUAUAUGUAUAUGUAUGUACCUCUGCCAAGGGGAAUUUCAUCUGCGUCUGAGACACUUGGAGCAAUCCCUGCUGCAAGCUCUCAAUGAGGUCAAGGGUCGUAUCCUAGACGAUGACAGGAUAAUUGGUCAGCUGGAGAACCUGAAAGAAGGAAGCUGCAGACAUCCAGAAGAAGGUGGAGGAGACAGACGUCAUAAUGGCGGAGGUGGAGCGGGUCUCCCAGCAGUAUCUCCCUCUCUCAACCUCCUGCUCCUCCCUCUACUUCACCCUCGACACACUCAAUCAGGUUUGCUCCAUUUAGAACUGUGGGGUGGGCUCUAUUUGGAAUUGAUGUGGGUUCACUUCCUGUACCAGUUCAGCCUCAAGUUCUUCCUUAACAUAUUCCAAGUGGUCCUCUCUCAGAACCCCAACCUGAAGAGGAUCACCGACUACUCGCAGAGACUGAACACCAUCACCACCGACAUGUUCCAGGUACACACACGUCGUGGGUUAACUGGCAUUUCCAAUACUGACUUGAACAUAGAGCAUAAGCAAAUUGGUGAUGUGGGG